AGCCAUGGCGACUCUGAGCAUGAAGCCAGGCCAGAGGUUCACAUUCCCUGACUGGCGCAUGAACCGUGAGCUCCUUGUGAGCAAUGCUGAGCGCCAGCGCAUUGCUUCUCACCAGAUCCGACAAGAGGCCCGGGCUCUUCGUAAUGAAACGAACAACCAGACAAUAUGGGAUGAGCACGACAACCGCACACGCCUCAAUGAAAGGAUUGACUGUGUCAACCGACUGAAGGAAAUGUUGGACAAAUGCCUGACAAACAUUGACAUAGAAAUCAAUGCUUUAACCCAGAUGAAGGAAAAGGCGGAGCGUGCCCUGCAAGCAAAGAACCUGCCUCUGGACGUGGUUAUUGAAAACCUGACUCUUCGGGAGAGUCGCCGAGACAUUGAUGUGGUGAAGGACCCCGUUGAGGAUGAGUUGCACAAAGAGGUGGAGGUGAUAGAUGCCACCAGGAGAGACCUUCAGCAGAAAGUGAGCGAGGCCUUUGAGCAACUCUGCUUACUGCAAGAGGCCCGUCAACAGCUGAACAUGGACCAUCGGGGCAAAAUGGAAGCCCUGGAGAUUGACCGGACCUGUGUCUCCCUCAACAUCCAUUCCCCCAACAUCUCAUACAAAGUCAAUCCCACCCGAGUGCCGAAUGAAUCACUGAGCCCAGAGCAGUGGGACCAGUGCAGCCAAUACAACAAGGAGCGAGGAGAGGCGGAAGCAAGAGCAUCUUAUGAAUUGCGAGAAGCCAUAGCACUGACCAUUGCCCAGACUGACAACGAACUGGAAGCUCAGCGUGUGGCCACCGAGUUUGCCUUCCGGAAGCGGAUCCAUGAGUUGGAGAGAGCCCUGGAUGAGUUGAGAUGGGGAGAAAAAAAUACCAUGGAAGAAAUUGCUGAGAUGGAGGAGGACAUUAGACGCCUCGAGGAGGAUCUCCGGAUCAAAGUGUGGAAUCUGAAACUGGCUCACACUCGCCUGGAGACCCGGACUUACCGCCCAAACCUGGAGCUUUGCCGUGACCAGGCUCAGCACGGAUUGACAGAUGAGGUUCAUCAGCUGGAAGGCACCAUUGCUGCCCUUAGACAGAAGCUGGCACAGGCUCAGGACGCUCUCGACGCUCUCCAGAAGCAGCUCUACCGCAUUCAGGCGGACAUUGUGGUCAAGGCCAACUCCCUGCUGCUGGACAACAAAUGCCUGGACACGAGGCGCAAGCUGACGGUCCCUGGAGAGAAGUUUGUGCCCGAAGUGGACACUUUCAACCGCACCACCAACCGCAUCCUCUCACCCCUCAAGAGCCGCCAGUUGGAGCUGGCUUAAUACAAGGGCUCCUGCUCCCUAUUCCUUGCUCCCUUGAGUUUGGGAAGUUUGCACCCCAGUCCCUUGCAGCGACUCCUUGUCGUGGCAAGUACAGCUGGGAUUUCAGUUGCACCCAAAUGACAUAAAUUUCUCUUUCUCUCCCCCCUGACCCCUAUGGCUUUGGAAAUUUAAGAAAAAGUGAUAAUUAAUA